GGCAGUUCGUGUUGUUAUUCUUUUGCUGCCGCUGUUGCCUUUCCACGAGCCACGAGAGCCACGAGAGCCACUAGAACUCUCCUGUUUAUCGCCAAGGUGUUUACCUCUGACUAUUUUUUGUGUAAUUUUUUUGUUUGUGCGCUAUUUCCCGAGAAAAGUUAAAGUGACAACAGAUACCGCGUGCCAGGAAGCGGGCUGAAGGAGGCACUUCCUUUGCCUGUAUUCUCCGGAUAUGUAACUGUUUGUCCAAGGUUUGAAACAACAAAAGCGAAACGAAAGUGAAGCAAAGAAGAACAACACGAAGACGGGGGGAACACAGAAGAAGAGUCGAGCGCCCAGAAGACAAGCAAAAGAGGGUGAAGAAAGGACAAUGACAACCAGUAAAGGAGCAAAAAAGGAAGCCCAAAGGAGCAACAAGAACUAAAGGAGAAAAUCGCAGAAAAGAAACUCAACACAGACGCCAAAGCACAAGCAGGGAAACAACAAGGAAAAAUUUGGAAAAGAACGAAGCUAAAAGAGAGAAAAAGAAGCAACAACGCAAAGCCUGCUGCAGCUAAAAGAAACGCAUACAAAGAACCCUCCCACUUAGCCCCCCAGCCAAAAACAAAACGAAAAUCUUCAGUCCAGAAAGCGCGUGAGAGAGAGAGUGAAAGAGAGCAACGCAACUCAGAGAGAAAGCAAGAGAGAGUGGGUCGGUUGCUGGUGCUGGCGCGGGGCGGUCAGCGUCGUUGUGGGACAGACACCGCGACGUGAAAAUCGCUCAUACGCCGCGUGAACCGAUAGCCAGCCACAGGCGCAGCCAAAACCAUAAUCCGAAAUUAUUCAGUCAACCAGUUGGGCCGAAACUGGCAUAGAUCCAGCUUUAGUUAAGCAAGGCUAAGAGAACACAGAGAGAGAGAGAGAGUGGAAGGAGAGAGAGAGGAAGAGCCGAGGAUCACACUGGAAAAAGUGUGAGACAGCGGCAGCGAGGGAGAAACAAAUUCGAACUGCAGCCGGCUACAGAUCCAGCUUCAAGACGUCUUGCAAACGGCUGAAAAUGGAAAAGACUCCCCGGUACACGCAGCGGGAGCGGAACAUGGUACUCGGCUACGCGGCGCAGUACAAGGACGUGAUCGAGAACAAGCGCACGGACGCGGAGUCGAAUCGGAAGAAGGAUGAGGUCUGGCUGCAGAUCGCCAAGGAGUUCAACUCCAAGGUGUACCAUCAGCGCAGUGCCAAGCAGCUGCGACAGCUCUACAAGAACAUGAAGCUGCUGCUGAAGAAGGAUCUGUGCGGCGAGGACAAGACCAACGGCACCUUUCUGGAUCUGCUCAACACACUGUCGCAGCAGGACUCGGUGGCCCAGUAUAUUGCCGAGCAGAUGUCCCCGGAUGGGGGCAAUCAGAGCAACGGGGCCAAUGGCCACCAGCAGGACGAUUAUGAGGACUCGAAGGUAGGUUUGCAUCUGGGGAGCGAUCUCCGUACACAUCUCAGACAGGCCACUGAUCAACUGAUGCUCCAACAGAUGCCACUAUACGAGGGCAUGGACACGGACGUAGUUCUAAUCAAAUCUGAGACCAUCAGCGACAACGAACAGACGGAGAACGGCAUGGAGUGCCUGGACGACGACGACGACGAUGACUGCCCGAGCCCCAAGGCGCCCGAGGUGUGCCUCGAGGAGGAGGACGACGUACUCUUCGCCACAGAUCUCCGCCAGCUGCAGCAGGUCUCAGCGGGCUUGGCAGUAAGUGGUGUGGCCAGUGGCGCUGCUGCCUGCUCCUCGUCCAUAUCCCUUCCCGGCGGCCUGGCUAGCCUCAAUGGCCCCCUGAACGGCCUCUCGGAUGCAGUGCCGCGAGCCGCCAGCUCGCCCGUGUGCUCAACCAAGACCUCCAUCUCCUCCAGCGGCAGCUACGUGUCAUCAACCCCCAAGGCGGACAUCACCAUCCAGACGGUGGGACACAUACGCGUGGGCUCCUUUGCCAACAUCAAUAAGACCCUGCAAAACGGUUCCUCAACGACCAAUGCCAGCAAUGGCAACGGAAAUGCAAACAGCAGCUCCAACAGCGUCGGAGUGCAGCAUCUAACCGCGGAGCAGGUGCAGCAGCAUAUGCUCCUCAAUGGCCUCGGCCUGUCCGCCGUUAAUCCGCCACAGCAGACGCUGCAGGCGGCCAUCAAUGCUGCCACCGCUUCUGUGUCCGCCUCGGGUGCCAUUGGCGGCGGCGCUGCCUUUGGCAGCAAUCGGCGCACACCACCCACGCUCCAGCUGCCGCGACUCCAGCGGGGGAACAACAACACCAACAACCACAACCACAGCAGCAGCCUUGGCAGCGGUACGCCGAAUGGGGUACAGCUGCUGCUCAAUGGCCAUCAUAAUCAGCAUGGGCGUGAUAAGGCAACGCAGGGCGUGGCCAUUGGGGCCGCUGGCAGCUUCAACGGCUACAACGGCCUGGCCGUCACCGUGCCGUGCCUCAACAGCAGCAGCAGCAGCGCCAACAGCAGCGGCGGCGGCGGCAUACUAAUGUCCAGCUCGAACGGUGGCAGUGGGAACGGCACGGGUCCGCGGGCGCAGCAUCAGGAGUACAUGAUGUCGCUGGCCAUCGAGGAGCGGAAACGAAAGAUUGAUCUGCUCGAUGCCCAGAUUGACUAUUGGCAGACGCUAACCAAGAAGCUGGGCGCCCAGCCGGGACAUUUUCCCAAUCCGGCGUGCCUCUGUCACUUUCCGGGCAGCGCCGCCCUGGGCCAUGUGACCGGUGUCAACUCCUGCGCCUCCUCCUCAUCAUCGGCUGGUGUCCUGCAGACGCAGACGAGUAGCAGCUAGUCCGAAGAGGACGAUGGCGAUGAUGGGGACGGAGGCGGAGGUGGUAUCGGAACCGUGAUUGGAAUAGGAAGCUCAUCGGACGAGGAGGAGGACGAUGAUUUCGGUCUGGAAAGCAGAGGCGAGAGCAGCGACAUCAUCUCAAUUGUCGACAUCAAUGACGAUGAUGAGGAUGAGCAGGAUGAGGAGGAGCAAGUGGAGCUGCGUAUGCAGCUGCUGUUGCCAUCGAAGAUCGCUAUCACAGAUCUGACGGAAUUGCCGGAUGAAUAUGAUUACUACUCACAGGAUGCCUUGGCCAGGGAUGUGGGCGUGGUGGGUGGCCUAUCACCGUCAUGCCCCUCCCAGUCCCCAUCCCCAACACCCACCCCCCAGCCAGUCGCCAAGCGCUCGAAGCGCCUGAAGGCGAACACCAAGCUGCAGCAGCAUACCGGCAGGGCACACGUGGAGCCGAAGCCCCCCUAGAACGAGCAGCAGCUGCAAAGCUAAAGCUAGAGCUUGAGCUUGAGCUAGAUCUAGAGAGCUGGUCUAGUAUUUCAACUAGUUAGUAUUGUACGUAUUAACCCAGUCGUAGCGCACCUGCAAACAGAAUGUAAAUGCGCUGCCUCCCCCCACCCGCACCAGCAGCUACACAUUAACUUAAUAUUUUAUAAUUAUUUUACUAUCGCUAUCAUUGCUAUAUACAUGAAUGAGUACUACUAUUAUUAUGAUUAUCAUUAUUAUUAUUAUUAUUACUAUUAUUAUUAUUUAUUUAUGCCUAAUUUGUGUGCCAAAAAGAGAGGAGAUCAGAAUUUAACUUAACCCAGUUGACCUUUGCCAUCGUGAAUGCUUGCCAAAAAACAAUAAUGUUUGUAUGUAAUACCUAAGUCAAAACCAAACCCUAAGAACCCUCUCCCCACCAACCACUCGCAAAUCGCUAUUUAUUUUUACACAAAAACAAAAAGAAAACACCUAAGGUUAAAUGCUUUUUUUUUGCUCGUUUGUUUAUACCCUUAAGAGAAAAGUGGGAAAUUUAUUUAUGUUAAGUUUACUUUGAGAAAGAGAGAGAGAGAGAGAGAAGCUGCAACCAAAAAGAUAAGGAGAGCGAACGAAGAGGUGCGAACACUUUGUCUUUGUACAUUUUACCUUAAAACAAAAACUAAAAACUAAAAAAAACCAAAAGCUAAAGCUGAAACAUACUUAAUUAGAAUAAACAUAAGGAUAUGUUGAAGGUGGGAAAGAGAGAGCGAAAACAAAAAUAUGAAAACUGUACAAAUGUGGUUCCUAAUCUAGUCCUUAAAUGAAAACGAAAAAGCGAAAGCAAAACACACACAAAAACACACAAGAAAACAAAACAAAACCACACAAAAUUGUUGUAUUAUGUGUAUUAUUUUUACAAGCAAAACAAAAAAAACCAUCAACCAAACGCUCCCUACUCCCUGCUCUCCCAGUCAUGCAGUUCCCGCAAUCAUCCAAAGAAUUAUAGCUAAUUUAAUGUAUUGUACUUAAAGAACCCUUCAAGAACCAUACCCCACCCCGGACCACCAAGUCCGUGUUUAGUUUGUACAGAAAGAGGGAGAGAGGGGGGGGGGGGGGACUUGCUAGUCGUCGCUGCUUAACCGUACUUAAGUGUAGCCA